CUCCACUGGAGUUUCCAUAGACAAACAUGGAUUUCUUGAGCAGUAUCUUAUAUAUUUGCCUCGCCUGGACCCUGAUCCAAACCUUCCUAAUGUUUACAAGAAGCAAAGCAAUUCCCAGAAAGCUUCCACCUGGUCCCAAACCUUUUCCGGUAAUAGGAAACCUCUUCGAUCUCGCUGCUGUCAAACCCUACAACUCCAUUAUCGAGCUUGCCCAGAUUUAUGGCCCCAUAAUGAGUUUAAAGCUAGGCCAAGUAACCACAGUGAUCAUUUCUUCAGUGCACACGGCUAAACAAGUUCUUCAAACACACGACCAACUAUUGUCCAACCGAACCGUCCCAGACGCGCUCCGAGUCCACAAACAUGACGAGUACGGCUUGCCCUGGAUGCCCAUUUCGACCCAGUGGAGAAGUCUUCGUAAGAUAUGUAAUGGCAAACUGUUCGCCAACAAAAUACUCGAUGCCAACCAAGCUAUCCGGUACGACAAAGUGCAAGCGCUCCUCGCAGAAAUUCGUCAAAGCAGUUUAAUCGGUGAGGCGGUAGAUAUUGGCACAGCGGCUUCCAAGACUGCACUUUGUCUGUUGUCGAACACGAUUUUUUCGGUGGAUUUGGCUGAUCCGAAUUCUGAUACGGCUAGGGAGUUCAAGGAGACCACGCGAAAUAUCUCUACCGUGGCAGGAAAACCAAACUUGGCAGAUCUUUUUCCUUUGCUUAGGAAGAUCGAUCCCCAAGGCAUAAGGCAUCUCCUGGCGGUUCACUUUGGUAAGCUAACAGACAUCUUUGACCGAAUGAUUAGCGAACGUCUGCAGUUGAGAAAAGUGUCUGGUUAUAUCACGAAUAAUGACAUGUUAGAUGUCCUUCUCAACAGUAGUGAAGAGAACAGCGAAGUACUGGACAAACAUAAGAUGGAAAGUUUGUUCAUGGACCUAUUCGUCGGGGGCACUGAUACAACUUCAACUACACUAGAAUGGGCAAUGGCAGAGCUACUCCACAGUCCAGACGUGCUAUCGAAAGCGAAAGUAGAGUUGGAGCAGGUAAUUGGCAAGGGAAACCCAGUAGAGGAAUCGGAUGUUACCCGGUUACCUUACUUGCAAGCAAUAAUCAAAGAAACAUUCCGGUUGCACCCACCACUUCCUUUCUUGCUACCCAGGAAAGCCGAAGCAGAUGUGGAAAUCGAUGGCUACAUUAUCCCAAAGGGUGCUCAAGUGCUAGUGAGUGCAUGGGCUAUAGGUCGAGAUCCAAGCACAUGGGAAAAUGCAAACUCAUUUAUGCCGGAGAGGUUCUUGGGAUCAGAAAUUGAUGUUAAAGGAAGGAAUUUUGAGCUUAUACCGUUUGGUGGAGGAAGAAGAAUAUGUCCUGGGAUGCCAUUGGCAAUGCGAAUGUUGCAAUUGAUGUUAGGUUCGCUUAUCCACGCCUUCGAUUGGAAGCUUGAAGAUGGGUUUGAAAAAGAGGAUAUGAACAUGGAAGAUAAGUUUGGCUUAACUUUACUGAUUGCUCAUCCAGUGAAAGCUAUCCCUAUUCCAGUCUGAAUGGUUGAAGAAUGUACUUGUUUUAGUCUAAACUAAUAUCUCAAAUCUCAAGAACAAACAAACCAAGCUAUGUAAAGACAAUUUUUUUUCUUUUGAUAUGUUUGUACUUGAGGUGUUGUCGUGGAAUAAGAUGUUCUUA